AUGGUCGUCGAACGAUCCAAGAGCGUCGGUAAAAUGACCGCAGCAGUCCUAUCCAGCCAUAGACGUCUUCAUCUCGACGCCUCAGAACCGCUAGACGCAUUCGAUUACUGGCACACGCGGCGUAAAGCGGGCCAGCACAAGAUAAUGCUCCGCGAGGCCACGAUAGGGAGAAGGCAGAGUACCGCAGCGGAUGUAUUCGAGCCAGCUGGGAUUUCGAGGAAGCCGCCAACGAGGGAGAUAAGGGCCAUGACCGAUGUCUUGGGCUGUGAUGCGGGGAUGUGGGGGAGAAGUCGAGAAGGGGUCGUUGGAGUUGGACUAGCAGAUUCUCGUGGCUCCCGUGAGGACUCAGCUACAUCGGACGAUGGCUCGUCUUGUUCUGAAUGGGAGGAAGAAGCUACACCCCGCCCACCCGACUUCGUUCCAAGCUUCAGUAGAUGCCAGACUGCAUCGCAGCAAAAUACACCGAGGGCAUCGUUUCUCGUUCCAAAGGCGAUAUCAGGGCUCCGAGUUUCAGUCACAACGAACAGGGAUGAUAGGCCACGACAUACCAGCGGGAAACCUACUUUUGCUUCCGGCGAAUCAUCGACAUCGAAUGCCGGAACUGGGCAGACGUUGAGAGUGCCAUAUUGUAGCCCGAUGGGAAUGACACUCAAAGCUCUUUCGCCUUCGAACUUCGAAGACGAUUUCUUCUUGGUCGAUUUCGCCGUGCGCAAGCAGAUACAAGGAUUUCCACCUGUUGACCAGGAGGAGCGUGCGGGCAUGCUUCGAGAGCACGAUAAGCGCAUGGAGACACUAUCGCAGAACAUGGCGACUGAGAUGGUAGAAAAGCAGAAGAAAUCCAAAGCUCGACGGCGGUGCAACGCCCCAGUUGCCCAAGAACCUAGUUUGGGUAGAGGCUCUUCAAUUGGUCGCAGAUUGGAGUCCUGCAAAAGACGGGAGCACAGCGAGAGCCGGUCUUGGGUUGGAGCACCAUUUUUGGAGCCACCACAGCAACUCGGAGGUAGAGAUGAGUUCACCGAUAGAUUCGCAUUGAGGAACAAUCGAAACAAGCGAUAUAAACGUUUCGAGGGGCGAGACGAUGCCAGCAGGGGUCAAUCUCGCCACGGCCAGAGCAGGAGGGUUUGGGGUGCAUUGCCGGACUUUUCUGAGACCACCGACGAGGAAGAUACGAGGCCAACCAGACCAGGGAAGCCAAGGAGAAUGGUAAAAACCUGUACGAGUUCAAGAUGA